GCUUGUUACACCCCGGAAGCAACGUUCUCUUCUUUUGACUAGCACACAGAGUAUGACAUUGUGUACUUAAGUAGGCGUCCAUAAAGCCUGCAAUUGAACUUUCACCUUUUAACCUGUGCACGUGACUCAUCGAAACUAGUCUUACUAGUAACGCUUGAAUAUCGAUGGCCGUCCAGGAGGCAAACAGGGACUGGGAAGACAAAUGUAGGAUGCGUAACACCAAAAACGUCAUGCCUCCAAACACACAGGCUCCAGAGGGUCCAGGUAAAACACCUGAGAGAACACCUGUGGCCGCACCUUCGAGACUUUACAUACUCCUUCUCCGCGCGUUGUGGUGGGCCGAUCGUCACCAGGUGUUCAUAGCGGUGACGUUUGUGUUCGUGGCUGUUUUUGCGGCGCCCAUCGUCACGUGGAUGCUCCUAGACGCCAGCCCGUCGCUACAGGACCCGGCAAAGUUCCUAGGCCAGGGUGGAGUACUAGAUACAACCAUACAGAAGAAACUGCACGGCCAACCCUUCGCUAGAAAGGUUGUAGUCGACGUCAUCACCAGCCACGUGAAGUCCUCUGACCCUAGGAAGGCCAUGGUUCUGUCCUUUCAUGGCCCGAGGGGGGUGGGGAAGAACUACCUCAGCACCAUGAUCGCACAGGCACUGUACGCGGACGGAAUGACGUCAUCAUGUGUCCGCGGUUACUCCGCAACUAGACACUUCAAACAUCACGAUCAGAAGAACGUUCGGAACUACAUGGAUAUGCUCCAUGAAGAGAUCCCGUCCCUCGUCCGCCGCUGCCCGCGCGCUCUCAUCAUCUUUGACGAGAUGGAGAAGAUGCCUGGUCAGCUGAUCGACACCAUCAAACCCUUUGUGGAGGAGAGCGAGGCUGUGGACGGGGUGGACUACAGGAAGGCUAUCUUCAUCUUGCUCAGCAAUAGCGCCCAGGGACUCAUAGAGGAACAGACACUACUGCUCAGGAGAGACAAGUCACUGGAGAGAGAAACUUUCAGACUGAAGGGGUUCCAGAAAUUGAUCCGGGAUCACGCUCUGGGCGUGACGCCAGACAAGGAUGGCGGUAAAACUAACGCGGCUGAGACGUCAACGAAGCUCCCAGAAGACGGACCGAACGUGUGCAGCAGACAGAUAGAACAUCCCUGUGUGGAACAUUACACGCAGCCGGUUCAGAGGAGCUGUUAUAUCUUCUUCACUUGUACCGAGUACAGACAAGCGUUCAAAGAGACAUCAUGCCAGAAAACGCUAUAUGAGUGUUGUCCUGGAUACAAGCAGUCUGGGUCAUCUUGUGAAAGUGGUACAGGUCUGUGGCAGGCUGAGCUGUUGAAGCAUCACCUAGUGAACUACCUGAUUCCGUUCCUACCCCUGGAGAGGGAACACGUGGAGCUGUGCGUACGGGACGUGCUCAGGGAGAUGGGGAAGGGGCAACAUGUCAAAAAUACGGUCUUGAUGGAGCGCAUCAUGUCUGAGUUCUACUUCUGGCCGGACAGAGGAGAGAUUCGGUUCUCGGAGGGCGGCUGUCGUCCCGUCAGGGAUGCGAUAGAUCUGCACACCAAGUCAUGAAGACGUAGCGGGGAUAAUCCCCAUGCAGAUCCUAC